GACGCAAGAAUCUUCUAUCUCAUUCCAGCAAAGUUCGCCAUCUUUGAAGACGAGUGUUCAAACGUCUGCUUGUUAUCUUUGUCGAAAUAAUUCCAGUUUUGCUCGUAUAACCGCGACAUUAACUCCUAGAAAGUACGGUACUGCGCAAACAAGAUGCGCCAUGCCAAGCGAAUGCGUUCUCCAGGUGUCUGGCUGGAUGAGUACAGCUGGGAGGAUAGAGUGGAGAGCCGCAAGCGAAGGAAACGAGAUUCACACAGCAGCGAGAGAGAAAACAAGUCCCGAAGACAUCACCGUCAUUACAAGACUUAUGAGGGGCACUACCUGGAGACGCGCAGUCUGAACCAAAGGCUGGGCUCUCAGGAUAACAGUACGGACAUGGCCUAUGAUGACGACAGUCGUGGGGGCACCUGCAGGGAGCGAGACCGCGACUGGCACCACUACAGCAAGUCAUCUGGGCGUAGCGGUCGGAGCGGUCGCAGCAGGCGAAGUAGCCAUAGGCGGAGAGACAGGGGGCGCAGACGCAGCCCCUCACACCACAGCUCCCACCCGAGGAGGAGCCAUCACCGCAGGAGCAGGAAAAGAUCCAGGAGUGUUGAGGAUGAUGACGAGGGUCACCUCAUCUAUCACAGUGGAGACAUGCUGAGAGCGAGAUAUGAGAUUGUGUCUACUCUAGGAGAGGGCGCAUUUGGGAAAGUCGUGGAAUGUAUUGAUCAUUCUAACGAUGGAGCUCGUGUGGCUCUGAAGAUCAUUAAAAACAUAGACCGCUACCGUGAGGCAGCUAUGUCUGAGGUAGAGGUGCUUGAGCAGAUGAACUCUCUUGACUGUGACAGAAGAUAUGCGUGUGUACGCAUGUUGGACUGGUUUGACUAUCAUGGCCAUGUUUGUAUAGCCUUUGAACUGCUUGGCCUCAGCACAUAUGAUUUCCUCAAGGAGAACAAUUUCCAGCCUUUCCCAGUAGAACACAUCAGACACAUGGCCUAUCAGAUCUUCAGAGCUGUUCGAUUUCUGCAUAAAAACAAGCUGACCCACACAGACCUGAAGCCUGAGAAUAUUCUCUUCAUUGACUCUGAUUAUGACAUGGAGUACAAUGCUGACAUGAAACGGGAUGAACGGACGUUGAAGAGUGCAGAUGUGAAAGUUGUAGACUUUGGCAAUGCCACAUAUGAACACGAACACCAUACCUCUGUAGUGUCUACCCGGCACUACCGUGCUCCAGAGGUCAUUUUGGAUCUGGGCUGGGACCAUUCCUGUGAUGUCUGGAGUCUGGGUUGCAUACUCAUUGAGUAUUACCUCGGCACCACUCUCUUUCAGACCCAUGACAGUAAAGAACACCUCGCUAUGAUGGAGAGAGUCCUUGGCCCCAUCCCGGCAAACCUGCUGCAGAAAACCAGGAAACGGCGCUAUAUCCACCGGUACAAAUUGGAUUGGGAUGUACACAGCUCUGCUGGGAGAUAUGUCCGGAAACACUGCAAGCCACUCAAGCAAUACAUGACGUCCCAGGGUGAGGAUCACCUGCAGCUGUUUGACCUCAUUGAGAAGAUGAUGGAGUAUGACCCAGCCAAGCGCCUCAGUCUGGACCAGGCCAUCAAACAUCCCUUCUUCUCCUCGUACCGCAAGAGCAGUAGCACCGGUAGCAGCACAAGAGACUAAACUUGUGAACUCUUAAGCCUCUGACCCUAACCUCAGUCAUAGCCUGGCUGUCACCUUGACAUUCAUCAUGGUGGCACAGUGCCAGCCUCUGCUCUCUGACUCUCCAGGAGAGGUGUUUUUCAGACUGUAUCAGUCCUCCUGUCCUGAACCAGUGUUUCUCAACCUCUAACUCAGUGACUCUCUUAUGUUUCCAUCUGUGGGAAGUUGGUUACUUGAUGAUUCCCCCUCCCCCCUCACAUACUCAUAUACCAUUUUUGCUAUUUAUUUGACAUUGUCCUAUAAGAAAUGUUCCUUCUGAGCGUACAACAGUACAAUUGUUUUUGUAAUUUACAAACCGAUUUUGUCCAUGUUGUCUUUGCUUGAUUGUGAAGCUGGUGGUGGUAAAAGUAACAGGUUGAGAAAUACUUUCCUCUGGAUGUCCCUGUGUUACCAGUAUUAAUUUAUUGAACAUUGUGGGGAUUUAAAAAAUAAGCUGUGGACAGAACAUCCUUGUACAUAUGAUUUGUUGAGUUGUGCUGUUUGUUUCCAUUUUCUUUGUUAGGGAAUUUGUAAUUUUUGCAUUAUGUACUUUUUCUCAAUAAACUUGAAUAGAUAAAAGGAA